AUGAUCUCACAUCAGAUCGUUGGCCCUCUGCAAACAACGUCGGUAGUCGAAAGUGCCCGGCAGCGCCACUGCUGGGAGUGCGUACGACGCCGCUUGGUCUGUGACUUCAAGCGUCCCGCAUGCACACGGUGCUCCGCAUCUGGUCUCGACUGUCCAGGCUACGGUGGUGUCAAGCCUCUAAGAUUACGCUGGCUCGACCCUGGGAAAGUCAAUCAACGGUCUACUUUGCUUGGGGAGUAUCAUCGGUAUCGGGGAUUGAUCCUUCGUUCCUUGGUCCAAGACACCAAUCUCGAGAACAAAUGGGGCGGUGAUAUGCUUCUCACCGGCAUUGUAUCAUUUCUAAUUGCCGAUGUGAGUCAACUGUUUAUUGUAUUUGGCAACGCGACGGCGGUGGUCAUACUGAAAUACGUCCAACAAGGUGUACCCUCGAACUGGCGAUGCCAUCUUGACGCGAUCUACACACUGGUUGUGCUGCGUGGCGGAGUGGUUUCCCUGGCCAGAUUAAAGAACCUAGAGCAGCUACUUCGUUGCUUUGUCUAUCUUUCCGUCAUUGGAAACACGACGUGCCCAGCGUCCGACUUAAAUAUGACCAUCCCGACCAUGGAAGAGGUCGACUUUAUACUGGCAAAGAGCAGCAGCAACAUGAUCCCUUUCCAAUUGCUGCCACCUUCUUUGCUUGUCGAGAUUGCCAAUAUCAACCGCCUCCGCGCGCAGGCCACGACCUGUGUUGGCAGUCAGACUCUCCCACAGGAGGCGGUCGAGAUACUAGAUCGGAUCAGGAGUUUCUCUCCAAGCCAAUGGGCACGGCUCAAGCCAGCGUCACAGGAGUACUGGGCCCUUGCAGGAGAUGUAUACCGGUCUGCUGUGUUGCUGUACGGCAUUUCCUCGUUACGCAGCGUGGCAAUUCUCCACCAAUCCCCCUCCUUGGAUGCCCUUUGGGCCACCCAGACGCAGUCCCUGCAGCAACUCCUCGACAAGGCAUUAUCAUCAGCAUGUAUCAAGGACAAUAUGCUCUGGCCACUGACGGUACUUGGGGCUGGGAGCACUGGCUGUGGCCCAGCGAUGCGCAGUUUCGUUGCGACAAAGCUGGACAACAUGAGCCAAUCUGUUGGCUCAUUCGCGCCGCUGCUGGCCAAGAAUGUUCUCGAGAGGUUCUGGCGCUCGGACGAUACAUCUUGGGAUGCUUGCUUUCCUAGACCCUAUAUCUUUGCGACAAUCUUUUCUCUGGAUCUCAAGCAAAUCUUUUUGCAACCUGAGAUCCCCUGCAUAGAGACGGGAACAGACUGGUAGCAGGCCGUCCAGGCGGCGAGCUUAUGCUGCUAGUCAUGUCGAGGAAAUUGUCUGCAAAUUUACAACAAGCCCCAUCUCAAUAAAUACCUCGAUGCUGUGUG